AUGGCUAGAAAAUUCUUCGUCGGUGGCAACUGGAAAUGCAAUGGGACAACCGAGGAGGUGAAGAAGAUUGUCACCAUGUUAAAUGAUGCUGAGGUUCCAUCUGAAGAUGUUGUCGAGGUUGUUGUGAGCCCUCCAUUUGUGUUUCUUCCUGUGGUAAAAAGUUUGUUGCGACCUGAUUUCCAAGUAGCCGCCCAGAAUUGCUGGGUUCGCAAAGUUGGUGCUUUUACUGGAGAGAUUAGUGCUGAGAUGCUCCUGAAUUUAGGCAUUCCCUGGGUGAUUCUUGGACAUUCUGAACGGAGAUCUCUUUUAAACGAGUCAAAUGAAUUUGUUGGAGAUAAAGUUGCUUAUGCACUUUCUUUGGGCUUGAAAGUGAUCGCAUGUAUUGGUGAGACACUUCAGCAGAGAGAAUCAGGAUCUACAAUGGCUGUUGUGGCUGCACAAACAAAAGCAAUUGCAGAUAAAGUUACAAAUUGGGCCAAUGUUGUUUUGGCUUAUGAGCCGGUUUGGGCCAUUGGUACAGGAAAGGUUGCAACACCUGCUCAGGCCCAAGAUGUCCAUCGUCAAUUGAGGAAAUGGGUUCAUGACAAUGUUGGUGCUGAAGUUGCUGAUUCAACUAGAAUUAUCUAUGGAGGUUCUGUUAAUGGAUCAAACUGCAAAGAGUUGGCAGAACAACCAGAUGUUGAUGGAUUUUUGGUUGGGGGAGCUUCUCUCAAGCCGGAGUUCAUUGAUAUCAUCAAAUCUGCAACAGUGAAGAAGAUUAAUUGCUAG